AUGAGUAUGGAAAACCCGCAACAUAACCUCAAUGAAGACGCGGAUAAGACCAAGUACCAUUGUGCGCACUGUGACCAGCCGGAGAAUGACGAGUUGCAAAUGGCUUUCUGCGAUCAUUGCCAGAACGGCUACCACUACAGCUGCGUCGACGGUCCCACGACGGAAAAUGACGAUGAAGAGUGGAUGUGCCCCCUGUGUCGAAAAUCCGAUACCGACAAUCCUGAUCCGGAAGAUGAAGAGAUUGCGGCAGCAAUAAACGCAGUAGAGCUGGAGAGGGAACGUCAGCGGAACCGUCAGGCCCAGAAAUUGAAACUGGCCCAGAUGCAGAUGGAACUCGAAAAAGAGAAGCUGGAAAUGCAAUGGGACACUGAGAAGAAGAUUCUUGAGAUGAAGAUCAAGGCGGAAACUGACUUCAAUCGGAAUCACAAGGCCGAACGUAAGGAGUUACAAAAGGAAUUGAAAAAGUUGACCAAACAACGACUGCGGAAGGAGAAAAGUGCGAAUAAAUCCGGUACCGUCGGGAAGAAAGAGGAAACGUCAAACCCUACAGAGUUCCGCGACGGGAACGUUAGUAAUUCAACUCCAAUUCUGCAAGCUGGUGCUUCAGAAACGCAGAUCAGGAGAAAGAAAUUUAAGCAGGGAUCGGUAGUCUUCGGGGAAAAAAGUAAAACCUCAGUGGGGGAAAAUAGCAGCUUCGAGGCCGAAUCUGAAGACGGCAGUAGCGCCGAAUUAUCAGAUGAUAGCAGCAGUACCGAAUCGUCUGAGAACAGCAGUAGCACCGAAUCUGAGUCCGAAGAAAAGGGGUCCAAAAAGAAGAAGAGUGUUAGAGCAGGUCCAACAAAGGCGCAGAUGACCGCUCGUCAAUUCUUGUCUCGAAAGCUUCCCACGUUCACCGGCCGCCCGGAGGAGUGCUUGAAGGUUGCUGCCAGAGAUGCGGUCAGCAGUCGUCUCCUGUUGCCGGAUGCCGUGCCUCAAGUAGUGGAGGCGCUGCGUAUGUUGUACGGACGUCCCGAGCAGCUUUUAAAUACGCUUUUAAAAAAAGUGCGGAAGGCUGAUCCACCGAAAUCGGACAAGCUGUCGUCGUUCAUCACCUACGGGGUUCUCGUCCAACAGCUCUGCGACCACCUCGAAGCUUCGAAAUUGAUGGACCACUUAGUGAACCCGAUGCUCAUUCGGGAACUAGUGGAUAAGCUGCCAGCGAGCACGAAAAUUGACUGGGUACGCGAAGUGGUUAACUACUCGGAAACGUCAUCACAGGCCAGUGGUGGUAAAACGGGAAAGCCACAGAACAACAAGGGCAAAGAGCAAGAGAGUUACGUUUACAAGCAUAGUGGGUCUGAAGUUGCCGCUCAAAACAAAAAACCGGAACGUACACCGUGUGCGAUGUGUGGAGAAACCAAUCAUCGAUUGCGGAAUUGUGAUAACUUUCGCAAACUCAGCGUACCACAACGGUGGGAAGCGGUUAACAAAUGGGAGCUGUGUCCAAUAUGCCUCAAUGCUCACGGAAAAGCGAAGUGUAAGCUGAAUAUUCGCUGUACCGCAGAAGGUUGCUCGGAACGCCACAAUAGACUACUGCAUCCUGCCGAGUUUCAGUCAAGCUGUAACACCCACAGCGCGAUAUCCAAGGAUUCGAUCCUGUUUAGAAUGGUGCCGGUUAAGAUAUUCAACGGGAAUAAGGGCCGGUUGCCAGUGACCGAUUACGCUGCAUCUGCACCAUUGCUUCUGAUUGGACUCAAACAUAUCGAGCUUUUCGCCCCGUUGGAAUCUUGCGUCAGUCAACCAGGCGAACCGAUUGCCGUGCGCUCUAAACUUGGUUGGACGAUCUACGGACCGCAAGACUCAACGCAAGGUGAGGGAUUUCUAGCACAACACUCGUGUGCUGGGAUAUCGAAUGCAGAGCUACACGAUCUUCUCAAGUCACAGUACACAGUCGAAGAAAAGGGCUUCUCGGCGGAUUUGAUGCCGGAAUCAGACGAUGAUCGAAAAGCUCGGGAAAUGCUGGAGGAGAAAACUGUUCGCGUCGGCGAUAGGUUCAUGACUGGACUGCUGUUCAAGGAAGACAACCCAACGUUUCCGGACAGCCUACCGAUGGCGCUGCGGCGCAUGAAGAGCCUGGAGAAGAAAAUGUCGAAAAACCCUAAGUUGAAAGCUGCAGUGAAACAACAAAUAAUCCAGUAUCUGGAAAAAGGCUACUGUCAUAAAGCAACGAAGGAGGAACUGGCAUCUGUAAUCCCUGGCAAGGUUUGGUACUUGCCGUUAAACGUUGUUGUCAAUCCGAAAAAAGACAAGAUUCGCUUGGUAUUGGACGCGGCGGCCGAAGUGAAUGGUGUGUCGCUCAACUCCAAGCUCCUGAAAGGGGCGGACUACUUGGCCUCUCUACCAUCCGUGAUCGCCAAAUCUCGGGAGUUUCUCAUCGGAUUUAGAUCCGUGAGAUGUUUCACCAACGCAACUGUUUGUAUUUGGAAACGAAAUCUACGUGAUGGAUUGUGUCAUUUUUGGAGCCACCUGCUCUUCUAG